AUGAGAGACAAAGAGGCUAAAGCUGACCUAGAACGGUAUCCACCUAAGUUUUGGUGCAAGGCUUUUUUUAGAACAACAAGUAAAUGUGACAUUGUUGAUAACAAUAUAUGCGAAGCAUUCAAUGGGACUUUGCUUGAAGCAAGAUGCAAGCCAAUAAUUCCCAUGCUUGAAGACAUUCGAGUGCUUGCUAUGAGAAGGAUAGCCAAAAAAAUGAAGUUCGUAGACACUUGGAAAGGUAGAUAUGGACCACUUAUUAUGAAGAAACUAAUUGCAAAUAAGAAAGAAAGCAUUGGAUGGAAGGUUGAUUUUAAUGGAGACGAUGGAUAUGAGAUUAAAAAAGGUCGAAAUCAUUUCAAAGUGAGGCUUGAAAAUAAGACAUGUUCGUGUAGAUCAUGGGAUUUGACAGGUCUACCUUGCCCUCAUGCUAUAUGUGCCAUCUUCGACAAUGGCAGGAAUAUGGAGGAUUAUCUUGAUCUAUGCUACUCAAAAGAAGCAUAUCAAAGGACUUAUGCACGUGCUAUUCUACCGAUGAAUGGAGAACUCUUCUGGCCUAAAACAAAUUGUGAGGAAAUUUUGGAUCCAAUCCCAAAAAAAAUGACAGGUAGGCCAAAGAAGAAAAGAAAUCGUGAGGAAAAUGAAGGUUUAUCAACUGCUAGUAAGAAGACUCAACUAAGUAGGAAGGGUCGCAUAAUGAGAUGUUCCAUUUGUAGACAAGAAGGGCAUACUAGAGCAAAGUGUGAUUCUGUUCGAGGUGUUUUGGGUUAA